UCACAAUUUAGAGCCCAAUACUUCUAGUAGAAAUGGGGACCAAAAGGAAGAGGUCUGAAAUGGUCACUCUUCUAAUCACCCUUGCGGCGGUUAUAGUAUCUUUAACCUUGCCUUCAUUCACCACGGCUACCUUUCCAUACUCAUCUCCACCUCCACCACCCGAAAAAUCCCCACCACCACCAACAUUGCCGCAUUACGUUUACAAGUCACCGCCGCCACCUUCUCCAAUGCACAAAGAACCACAGCCCGUUUACAAGUCACCACCACCACCACCUCCACUGGCUUACCCGCCACCAGAGACGCCUUAUGCACACAAGUCUCCGCCACCGCCACCGCCACCUAAGACACCAUAUGAGCACAAGUCACCACCACCUCCACCGAAGACACCUUAUGUAUACAAGUCACCACCACCUAAGAAACCUCAUGAACAUAAGUCACCACCUAAGAUACCAUAUGAGCACAAGUCACCACCACCUAAGACACCUUACAAGCACAAGUCACCACCACCUCCGCCAGAAAAACCUUAUAUAUGCAAGUCACCACCAACUCCACCACCCAAGACACCUUACGAGCACAAGUCACCACCACCUCCACCAAAGAAACCUCAUAUACACAAGUCACCUCCACCGCCAAACAAGCCUUAUGAAUACAAAUCCCCACCACCACCACCAAAAACACCUUAUGUAUACUACAAGUCACCACCUCCACCGCCAAUGAAAAAGCAUGCACCACCACAUUACUUUUAUAGUUCACCUCCUCCUCCUUACUAUUAAUGGAUUACCAUGGUGUGUAAUAAGGGUAAACAAAUAGUUAACAAGUUUAUUACUCCAUUGGCACUAUGUUUGGCCCUUCAAGUUGACAUAUGUUAUACCCAAGAGAUAAUGAUCAAAAUGAGGGUUCAAUAUUAAGUAAAUGGGAUUAGAUUUUAAAAAGUGCUUGUAUUUUGUUCAAUUAUGUACUAAAUAAAUGAAGUUAUAUGACAUGUUUCUUCUUCGCUC